GUGUGUGUCUGUGUGUGUGUCUGGGUAUCUGUGUGUGUGUCUGGGUGUCCUUGUGUGUCUGGGUGUCUGUGUGUGUGUCUGUCUGUGUGUCUGUGUGUGUGUGUGUCUGGGUGUCUGUGUGUGUCUGGGUAUCUGUGUGUCUGUGUGUGUCUGUGUGUGUGUCUGGGUGUCUGUGUGAGUGUGUUUCUGUGUGUCUGUGUAUGUGUGUCUGGGUGUCUGUGUGUGUCUGGGUAUCUGUGUGUGUGUCUGGGUGUGUCUGGGUGUCUGUGUGUCUCGGUGUCUGUGUGUGUGUCUGUGUUUCUGUGUGUGUCUCGGUGUCUGUGUAGAAACUGCUUGUGUCCUCUGAGAAAUGUUUAUACUGCGCAUGUGGCUGUUUCAAAGCUAUUUAUUUAUCAUAUUUCAACGGCCAGCUUGAGCAGAGCAACAUCACAAUAGUGGCUCCCCACAGCAACAGCAAUGUUCAACCCCUAAAACAAACUGUGGCAAUGCGCCCCGCCCGUGUGCAUUUGUGUGUUAAUGUUGGUGUAUAGUCAUUGGUACACGGGAUUGUGGCAAUGCGCCCCGCCCGUGUGCAUUUGUGUGUUAAUGUUGGUGUAUAGUCAUUGGUACACGGGAUUGUGGCAAUGCGCCUCGCCCGUGUGCAUUUGUGUGUUAUGUGUUGUAUGGUGCGUGUGUUAAUGUUGGUGUAUAGUCAUUGGUACACGGGAUAUAAACGGGUCUGUGUUUCACGUGUAUUUAAAAAUGUAUAAUUGUAUUUAGGCACGGGAUUGCACAUCACUGCACGUGCAUUUAAAGUAAGUAAUAUGCGCGCACGAGGUUGUACGUAAUUAAUUCACCUGCUGGGAUUCAAGUGAAUAAUUAAUUAGGAAUUGAAUCCCGGCACAACAGUAUAAAUAGAUGCACGUUUCAUUCACUCGUGGUUGGGUGUUCGGUGAGUAGUGAACGGGAGAGAGAGAAGGAGAAGGAGAAGGAGAAAUGAAGUUAAAGGUCCCUGGGUUCAGAAACAUUGAGAGAGAGCAGCACGGGAGGAAAUAUCUGCAACGAAGGAGCCCGGAGUGCAGUGCUGGCCUGGGGGGCUGCUGGAGCAGCAAUGGGAGUCUGUAGGGGGCCAAGGAGACUGUCAGAGAUGAGCUAUGGACCCGAGCCCCCGGCUUGUAUCCAGCCUCUCUCGAUUUUCUGAUGGACAGUAUCUAUAUACAGAGCAGUCGAGCUUCCAAACUCCCGAACCACUGACCAAAACAAAAAAAUCACACAUAUAAAGAGACAGUUUAGGGGGGACAAUAUAAACUUAACAGAAGGGAUUUCUAAAAACUCAGACCCUCUCCCCUCCUCCCUCCUCCCUCCCUUCUCAGACCCUUUCCCCCAGUCCCUCGUCCCUCCAUUCUCAGACCCUCUCCCCCAGUCCCUCGUCCCUCCAUUCUCAGACCCUCUCCCCCAGUCCCUCGUCCCUCCAUUCUCAGACUCUCUCCCCCAGUCCCUCGUCCCUCCAUUCUCAGACCCUCUCACCCAAUCCCUCGUCCCUCCCUUCUCAGACCCUUUCCCCCAGUGCCUCGUACCUCCCUACUCAGACCAUCUCAUCCAGUAUCUCGUCCCUCCCUUAACAGACCCUCUCCCCCAGUCCCUCGUCCCUCUGUUCUCAGACCCUGUCCCCCAGUCUCUCCUCCCUCUCUUCUCAGGCCCUUUCCCCCAGUCCCUUCCUAAAUGUUGCUAGUUUCAGGGGGAGGCUCUCUUGCUAAUUCAAUGAGGCCCCCCACUACUUAGAAGCCGGAAGCAUUCCCAGUGUGUGUUUGAGGCCCCCUCCCCACCCCAUGGAGGCCGAGCAAAGCCAGCCGACUGGUGGGGAGCGGUCCGGAGGGCCAGAACAGUCCGUGUCAGAGCCCCCUUUGCAGGGCAGUCUAUCCCAGUCUCCUUCCCCACAGCACCACCGACUGUUCCCUUCCCGUUCCCUGCAGACCCCCGGUCGACACCUCCUUCACCGGCAACCGAAGAGGGGGGACCUAGAGCGCCACUACCCCCAUCUGCAACAACAACAGCAACAGCCGCCAUCCGCUUUUCAGCUCCCUGGGAGCGCAGACCCAGAGAGGGUGACUGGGACGACAGCAUGGCAGUUCUCAGACUCCCCUGGACCCUCAGGGGAGGGUGUCCCCUCUUCUUCGUCCUCCUCUACCUCCAGAUUGCACCCCCAGUUGGUCCCACCCCCCCAUGCUGGUAAGGAAGCCCAGGAGGGGGUCCCCAAGAGGGAGCGCAAGCCUCAGAAACCGGGCAAGUAUGUGUGCCAGUACUGUGGGCGGCCGUGUGCCAAGCCCAGCGUCCUGCAGAAGCACAUCCGCUCACACACAGGAGAGCGGCCGUACCCCUGCACCCCCUGCGGCUUCUCCUUCAAGACCAAGAGCAACCUCUACAAGCACCGCAAGUCGCAUGCCCACCGCAUCAAAGCCGGGCUUGCCUCGGGCAGGGAAGGCUACACCCCGGGGGGGCCUGAGGGGGGGCAGUCGGGAGUCGAGCAGGAGGAGCAGACGGAAGGCGAAAGCACAGAUUCGGAGGACGAGACGGGCCAGCGCACUUCGUCUCCUACUUCCUCCUUCUCCCUGGACCCGUAUGGGGGGCUGGCACCCCGCAAGAGCGCUGGCGCAGAGCAGCCUGAGGACUCGCACGCUGUAAAGCAGAGGCUGGCCAUGCGGCUCAGCGAGAGGAAGAAAGCCCCUGUGGCUGUGCCGGACGACCCUGCAUCAUCGUUCCUGAGCCCCGGCAGUAAGGGCAGCACUGAGUCGGGAUACUUCUCACGCUCCGAGAGCUCAGAGCAGCAGCAGGGGAGCCCGCCCAGCACCAACACCAAGAGCUACGCCGAAAUCAUCCUGGGCAAGUACGGGAGGAUGGGGCAGCAGCAGAGGAACGCUCCUCCACAGCAGCAGCAGCAGCCUCCCUCUUCAUCCACACAGGAAGAGAAGAGCAUCCCCUUCUCAGUGCCCAAGACUCAAGUCAUCGAACACAUCACCAAACUUAUCACCAUCAACGAAGCCGUGGUCGACACCAGUGAGAUUGACAGUGUGAAACCCCGGAGGACCUCCCUGUCUAGAAGGGGCAGUCUAGAGUCACCCAAAACUGUGGGACAGAAGGAGCCUUUCCUGUUUGACCCCAAGGGAGAGUUUCCCAGCACCAGUAGCAGUAUAGGCUGCAUGGGGGUUGGCGUUGUAGGGGAGCCUCUGUACCCCCAGGUGUCCGACCCAGCUUUCCUGGCAGGCCUUUCCUCCACAGUGCCUCUACUGAGAAGUCACUCGAUGCCUUCCUCUGCAGACCCCAGCGCAGCCGCAGGCUCCUCGCACAGCUUCAGGCUGAGCCAUUCCUUUGACGAGCGGCAGGCCUUGGCAACAGAGACACGGGCUGGUACCUUGUUGCCUCCGCAUCAUCGCAUGCUCCGCCGCCAGCCUGCCAUCGAGGUGCCCCUGGGUGGUGAGUUCAUUCCGGAGAAGCCCUCCUCCUCCUGCUCAUCCACGUACACCACAGAUCCUGCGCAGAAGCAUCGACGAGGGCCCCAGCUGUACGAGUGCGAGGCCUGUGGGGCCCGUUACAAGAAACAGGACAACUACGAGACCCACCGGCGCUACUACUGUCCUGUCCAUCCUUCGCAAGCCCCCGAGAGGGAGUCGCUCCCCAGUGCUAACCGUGAAGACCGCCCACAGAUGAUGCAUCACACGCUGGGGGCCUCGGCAGCAGCAGUGCGGAAGAGGAGGAAGGAGAAGAGCCUGGGUGACGAGGAGGAGCCUCCUGCUUUUGAGCCGAGCCCAGCAUCUGUGACAUCCAGCUCCUCCUAUUCCACCUCUCCCUACUCAGGCAUCCCAAGCAGGCCCUUGGAGGAAAGCCGACAAGUAGCUGACAUCCUGGGCAAGGAGAGCUCUCUGGGGGCCCCUGUACAGUCGGAGCAGGACCGUAGAACCACAGGGAAGAUCUCUGUCAUCCAGCACACCAGCUCUUUCGAGAAGCAGGAGACAGCCAGUGGGGAGAGUCAGGAAAGCGAGGAGAAGGGCAGAGGAUCUACUGCCUUAGUACAGCACCAGCAGCCCAAGCCUCCCACUUUCUCCAGGCUGGUACGACAGUCUAACAUCCAGGUGCCAGAGAUCCUUGUGACUGAGGAGUCCGACCCAGAGGUGGUGCUGGUGACCCCCUCAGCUUCCACAACCAAGGAGCCGGAGAAGACUGAGGAGUUCCAGUGGCCACAGAGGAGCCAGAGCCUCUCCCAGCUCCCUGCUGAGAAGCUCCCACCCAAGAAGAAGAGACUCAGGCUGGCAGAAGCUGCCCAGUCGUCAGGAGAGUCCAGCUUCGAGUCCAUCUCCCUCCCCCGUAGCCCCAGCCAGGAGAGCAGCGUAUCCCACACCUCGAGCCGGUCCGCGUCCUUCGAGGAAACAGGCAAGCCUGAGUCUGAAUAUCAGCUGACAGCUACUAGGGCCUCCCACGUGACCCACAUGCUGACUGUUCCCUCUGGUCCUCACCAGCAUCACCAACCCCACCGGGAGAUGAGACGCUCAGCUUCUGAACAAGCUCCCACCAGUGCUCAGCACCCAGCGCAGAUCGCAGAGGCACGAAGCAAGUCCUUCGAUUAUGGCAGCCUCUCCCCUCAGCGCUCCUCGACAGCCUGGAGGGAGAGGCAGAAAUGCCUCCUGGUGAGACAGGCCACCCUGGGUGAGCCGGAGCCGGAGGAGCAGCCUGCGGGGCGGAGCAUCAAAGCCAUGCCACAGGUCUGCCUCGGGUACCACUCUCCAACACCACCCGCCACUGAGCCUGCCCCAGCCUACCACUCCACUAUACUGAGCACAGACCACUUAACCAAGCCCCUGCAGCUCUUCCCACCCUCUCCCUCAUGUGAGCACGCUUUCCCUCUCCAAAGCCUCCUGCCACCACCCCCACCGCCAGCUCUCUCUCAGGGGCAGGCUCCUCAGCUCUUCCCUGCUCCAGGGAUCUCAGAGGUUCUUUCCACCCAGGUAUUGCCCCACUCUUUCCUGCAGGCCUCCCCUCAACUCCACCCUGCACAGCUACACCUUGGAGAGCACUUGGGACUGCCCCUUCAGUACCGCUCCCUCCUUCCCCUUCAGUACCCGACAGUUGCUGCUCCGGCCCUCUUCCUUCCUUUGCCCCCUGGACUAGCCCUCCAGCCCACAAGAGAACCCUUCCAAGAAUCCAAACCCGUUGCCUCCCUCGACCCUCAAGCGCCAGGCCUCCUCCAGCCCCCCAGACCAGUAAUCUCCCCCAGCUCGGAGCAGCUGAGGCCUGUGGUUCCCCUGGUAGUGCCCAUCCGCCUACAGUCCCGCGUCCCCACCUAUGGCCGUGCCAUAUACACAACACUCUCCCAGGUCCUGGUCACUCGGGCCCAGGAAUCAGCCCAUUCCGCGGUGGUCAUCUGCAAGGUGGAAGAGGACAGGCCGCGGACGCCCUACUUGAAGAUCCCCACGCCAGAGCUCAAAAUGUACCAUCCCAUGACCCUGCCGCUGGAGACUGGAGUGGGCAUGGCGACGGGAGAGGGGCAUUGGCCUUCCACGGCCGGAGGCAACAAGCGCAUGCUCUCCCCAGCAGGCAGCCUGGAGCUGAGCGUGGAGGCACAGCGGCAGCAGAAACGAGUGAAGGAGGAAGAGGAUGAAGAAGAGGGUGGCGAGGAGGAGGAGCGAGAAGAGAAGAAGAAAGCAGUGCGGAGGGACGAGGAGGGGAAGAAAGAUAAGGCAGAGGAGGUGGGGAAAGUUGAAGAGAUUCCACUGGAAAAACCUGAGCCAUCUUUGAAGGAAGAAGAGGGAGAGGAAAGCCAGAGAGGGCCAUCCCAAGCUAGGGGUCCCGACAGCAAGAAGGGCCCCCCCUACCCCAGCCUGCACACUACCACCACUGUCAGCUGGUGCUACCUGAACUAUGUAAAGCCCACCCCCGGGCCCCAGAGAGACCCCCACAGCUCUGUCUACUCCUCCUGGAGCAUCAGCUUGCACAACCCCAACCUCCCCGGCCUCGCCACCAGGACGGCGCUCUCUCUGCUGCGCUCCAAGCAGAAGCACAGCCCAGGGACCUACACCAUGGCCACUGGCCUGCACCCAGCUGCUGGCAAGCUGGUUUCCGCCAACUCCAGGAAACCCAAGAUGUCCGAGGUACACCUCCCUGCCACUCACAGUGUGGAAGAGAAGGAGGAGGAGAAGAAGGAGAAGAGAGAGCAAGAGGUGUCCACCUCCAAGAGAGCUGAGCCAUCCCGAAUCCCAAUCUUCGAGGGCGGGUACAAGUCCAAUGAGGAGUAUGUGUAUGUGCGCGGGCGAGGCCGUGGGAAGUACGUGUGUGAGGAGUGUGGGAUCCGCUGUAAGAAGCCCAGCAUGUUGAAGAAACACAUCCGCACACACACCGACGUGCGGCCAUACGUCUGCAAACACUGCAACUUUGCCUUCAAAACCAAAGGGAACCUGACGAAACACAUGAAGUCGAAGGCUCAUGGGAAGAAGUGCCAGGAGAUGGGCAUGUCCAGCUCUUCCCUCGACGAGCUGGAGGCAGAGGAAGGAGGCCCUGGUGGUUCCGAGGAGCAGGAUGAUCACCAGUUCUCGGACGUGGACGACUCUGAGGACUCCGAAGAGAACGAGGAUGAAGAGGAGGAGGAGGAGGAAGAGGAAGAGGAGGAGUCUCACGAGGAGCCGCCCUCCUCCGUCUCCCCUGACAACAGACAUUCCAGCCCCCGGGAGAGGGAGCCCACAGCCAGGCCGCCCGACUACCUUUCGCCUCGGAGACACUGGCCCUCGGGCCGCGAGGCCUCACCGGGCAGCAAGAGGGCACUGUUCUCCCGCCGGCACUUGGAGGCCUCUCCCCUGCGCUGCCUGUCCCCGAGCAGGGAGGAUCUCUCCUCUCCCAGCCGGCACCUCUCCCCGGGGCCCGAGAGGGGUCCCUCCCCCUUCCGGCCACGCUCCCCGGGCAACCCGUCGCCACGACGACUGCAUUCUUCUAUCGUCACGGAGACGGCGGCCUUGUGGUAUGAGAGGGCUCACUGCUCUUCCUCCUUCACUGUCCAGCUGAGCACAGAGUGGAAGCCUGUGCAGAGGGAGGACUGCACCCCCUUCCCCCCAACUCCCAGACCCUCCCACUCUUCAGGGGAGUCCCCUGGCCAGCAUGUCUUCAGCCACCUCCCCCUUCACUCCCAGCAGCUGGCCAGGACCCCCUACCUCAUGAUCCCGAUCGGGGGGAUCCAGAUGGUGCAGACGCGGCUAAACCUUGGGGGGCUGGAGCCCAGGAAGAAGAGCCCCUCUCCGGGUAGUGCCAGGGAGAGAGGCCCCCUCACACCAGAGGAAUACAGGGUACACAAACCGGACAGCGGGACAAGCCUGUCCAGCUACGCGCCCUCUGAACCGCCCUCGCGGUCCGGAGGAGGAGGAGGAGGAGGUGGACAGGCCCAGGAGAAGGGCACUAAGCAAUAUGGCAGCUCACGCACUUACCCCCAAACUAGCACUUUGGUCUCUGAGUCUGGCGCAGUGACUCCAGACAGAAGCAGCCUGUCUGAACCGUCUCCCAGCCAGCUGGUUCACCACCCCAUGCACAGGAGGAGGAACCUUUCUGGUGAACCGGCGUUGCAGGCAGGACGACAGAGGAGGCGCGCACCUGACAUGGCAGGAAGUAGUACCAGCAGUGCAGUUCAGGACGAGGACGACAAAACAGGAAGCACUUCCCAAUCCCCGCCCCCUGAUUCACAGUGAUGUCUGCAAUCGAUAGACCUUGUGUUUGUUUGUUUGUUUUUUUUACACUUUCCGACACUAUUUUUUUCUUCUGCUGGAGCCAGUUUAGGAUUACAAUAAGACAUCCUUGGGCUUUCUAUUUCUCUCUCUCUCUCUCUCUCUCUCUCUCUCUCUCUCUCUCUCUCUCUCUCUCUCAUAUCUAUAUAGAUAUAUUUAAAUAUAUAUAUAUAUAUAUAUAUAUAUGAAUAUAUUUGUAAAUGACCAAAUUAAUUACGGAAAGCAAAAUAAUAAUUCCUACUUCGUUUGUCCAUGUCCAGUAUUACUCAAAUGUACAGUUUUUUGUGCCUUUUCUGUACCAGGUUUGUUGCUUGAAAUGUAGAAAAAAAAUGUUUUAAGGCUGUGAAUUUUUUCAGAUUUUUAGUGUACGGGAGGUC